AUGCCCUGGGUGGCAGCCUGUCUGGAUCUUCUGGCUGGACCCGUCCUGGGAUACUGUCUCGCUGUCCGGAAGCUUGCUCUUCAGACCGGCUUGCUCCAGGAGCCGGCUGUUGUCGCACACCCCGAAAAACCGAAGGAAGUCGUCAAGGCUAAGUGUAUCGGCGAUAUCAUGGCCCCUUGCACCGAGGAGAAGCUUCAAGAAGCCACGCAAGAGAUGCCGGUGAGAGCACCCGGGCUUACCAAAUCGCCCCGGAAGUUCGCCGGGGUGGUCGUCGCGACUUGCGGACUUCCGGCCCGCGGGAAGAGCCAGGUCGCCCAAAGUCUUGCUCGCCGGCUCAACUGGAGCGGUAAAUCCUCCAAAGUGAUGAGAGUGAGCGACUACCGGAGGAAGAGGCUGGAGCUUUACGCCUCCCACGAGCUCUUCCGGCCGGACCACGUGGCGAACUCCACCCUGAGGGCCCUUGCUCAAAGGGACGCGAUGCACGACUGCGCCUCGUGGCUUGCUUCCGGGAAUUCAGUUGCUAUCCUGGACGCCACUCUGGUGACGCGCGAGCAACGCGCCGAGGUCUUCGAUUAUUUUUCCACCCAGCUCGGGUACCGCGUCCUCUUCAUCGAGUGCGUAUGCGACGACCACCUCGUCCUCGAGCGCAAUUGCCAGGAGAUCCUGCGCUUCAGUCCGGAUUAUGCCAACAUGGACCCUGCCCUCGCCGCCGAGGAUCUACGCUCCAAGAUCGCCCACUACAUCAGGGUGUACCAACCCAUGGAGGAGGGGAAUUAUCCGAUGAUCCGCAUGGACACCGCCACUGCGGAAAUCAAGGCGCACAAAGUCAGCGGCCAUAUUGAAAACAGCGUUUUGGGAUACAUGCCCAGCGUCACCCUUAAGCCCCACACCCUCUACUUCUCUCGGCAUGGGGAGAGCGAGUACAACGUCAUCGGCAAGGUAGGGGGCGACGCUGUUCUAAGUGCACGUGGAGAACGGUAUGCUCAGGCCUUGGCGAAUCGCAUAAAUGCAAUGCGAAUUCCUGAUCUUCGGGUCCUGACCAGUCGUCUGAGGAGGACCAUCGCAACUGCUAGAGGCGUCGAAGCUCCCCAGGAACACGUCGCCGCUUUGAACGAGCUCAACGCCGGCGUCUGCGAGGGCUUCACCUACGAAGAGAUGCAAGAACAUUUUCCUCAGGAGUUUGCUUGGAGGGACCAGGACAAGCUGCGGUAUCGGUACCCCUGGGGAGAGAGCUAUUUGGACACUAUGCAACGCGUGGAGCCGGUAAUUUCGGAACUGCAGCAAUCCAACAACAUUCUGGUGGUGUCCCACCAGGCUGUUCUGCGGUGCAUCAUCGGAUUCUUCAUGGACAAGACCCCGGAAGAGCUGCCCUACAUGGAGGUCCCUCUGCACACGAUAAUCCGCAUCACCAGCCAAGGCUUCGAUUACAAGCUCGAGUUCAUCAAACUGCCGAUAGAGUGCGUCAACACUACCAGACUUAAGCCUACCAAUUGCACCCCAAGCAGAACCGCCGAUGACGCGCUUCUCACAGUGCCAACGCAUUAUGACAUUCCCGACCCGUGGAGGAACCAUGGAAAUGGUCCCACCCUCGUACAGCAACACUAAAGAGGAUUUGAUUCUCGGAGGAAGGGAAAAAAACACAGGGAACGGAAACUCACGGGCAGGCGGCAAAAAAGUAGUUUCACGGAGUCUCGCAUGCACCCAGGGGGGAAGCUUCUAUUUCCGGCGUCGGGAUCUCAUGGGAUUAGCAAUUGACAAAACUGCCGGCAACUUUUGUCCACGAGGAAAGGUCCCCCUCCUCUUUUGACUCGCUAUUUUUAAUUCUCCCAAUGAUCGCCGCUCUAGAGCUCGGGAUUUCGACGUCGGUUGUUUCUCGGCCAUCUUGGAGAACGGCCAGCUGGAUCGGGCGAUCCGACUGUCAAUCUAUUUUUGCACCGCGCCGGGUUAUUGGGUUCUUAUGUAAGUAGAAUCGGCAAUCAAUUAGUGAGAAGUCUUGAUUGGAAAAAGAUCAUGCUCUUCGGCCAUCUUGGAGAACGACAGAAAUUAAUGGUGGAAUUCGGUCUAGCGCCGCGCGGGAUUCUUGGGGUUCUGUAGGCUCGAAAUUCAAUGUAAUCUCUUCCGAUUGGCUGUGGAAAAACUUUGAAAAGAUGGAAGAUAACCACUUUCAGUGGAAUUAGAGGCGAUGUAUUCUCUUUUUGAGGAAAGCACUCUUCCACGUAGCAGCAUAGGUGCCCACUGCUAGAGCCCUCUACGGAUUUUUCAGUAUAUGGUACUUAUAGGUCUAAGCUCUUAACAUGUAACUUAAUCUUCGCGUAGAGUAAUAUCAUAUUUUCAUAUGAAGAGCCUAACAGUAGAUAAUUAGAGCAUCCCCUUUUCUCCGGAAACGGUGGAUUGAAUUUAACCCUAAGUUAGACUUCGUAAGCUCUGGAAGAAGAAGAGGAGAUUGCGGUAGUGGUAUCUGGAUUAUAAUUCUCAUUCUAACUAAACGUCUAUGUUACAACUGAUAUUCAACAUUCGACACUCAAAAUGAUGAAUUUUAUCCCAUGACUCUUCUAUGUAUUGGGACGUGGCGUUCUGUUUUACCGACCGAUUAUCGUAAUGUCAAUGUCAACGCUCAAAAAGAAGGGUGGAAGCCUCUCGUGAGGUCUCGUCUCAUUGGUCGAGUGAGAAAAUCAUUUUGUCCAAUUUGGCGCACUUUCAUUUUCUCACUCGGACGCCUUUCGUCUGUCCAUUGUUCAGUGAAACGAGAACGUGCAUUUCCUUCGCCGAACAACUCGUUAUUAAUUUUACCGAUUAGACUUAAGGCUGUUGAAUCGCGAUAACGUGCAUAAUAAAACACUAGGCUAGACGCGUCCCAAAGAGUGCAAUGGUUGUCUUUUUCUCCCUUUGUCGCCAGGGACGCGUUUGCAGAAAUUAGUCGAUGGGACUUCCGUUAGGUUAGUUUUAGCGCGGCCAUCUUUAGGUCCGUCGCCAAGCACAGAGAAAUUGCCACCUGGUCGCAUGUAUGCACUCGUAGGUUAGGUUACCGCUUACGAGACUUUGUCAUUAAGUCAUAUAGAUUGCGCACAGUGUUUGUUCAUUUUUUAUAAUAAGCAUGAAUAAACGUUUUUUACAGACACGUA